CACGCAUGCGUGCUCUGUAGUUCCCCAAGCGAGAGGUGACUGUUUGGCCAGGACCCCUUAUUUUUCUGCUUUUUGUUGACAAUGUCUACGAACCCGGCAUUUUUAAUGAGGCUGCUGGCUUCGUCCUUCGCAAUCGCCGAGAAAGCGCAGACUAUCAUCCACCAAGUGCUGUCCGGAGGGAACCUGAACAUAGUGGAAAAGACUGGAGCCAAUGACUUACAAACGAAAGCUGACCUGCUGGUGCAGCAGAGCAUCUGUUCAUCACUGGCACGCAAAUUCCCCAAACUAACUAUAAUUGGGGAGGAGGAUUUGCCUUCCCAAGAAACUGAUGAAGAUUUAAUUGAAAGUGGUCAAUCUGAGGAAGUGUUGAAGCACUCCUGUCCAGCUCAGUUCAGUCAUUUCAAGGAAGAAGAUAUAGUGGUUUGGGUCGAUCCUCUUGAUGGUACAAAGGAAUUCACAGAAGGCUUCUUGGAUCAUGUGACUGUUCUGAUUGGAAUUGCUUGUGGAGGGAAAGCAAUAGCUGGUGUGAUCAAUCAGCCAUAUUACAACUAUCAGGCUGGAGGUAAUGCUGUGAUUGGUCGAACGAUUUGGGGUGUUUUAAACCUUGGAGUCUUUGGAAUUGAGAUGAAAGAAGUACCAGAAGGGAAACAUAUUAUUACUACCUCCCGUUCCCACAGCAACAAGCUAGUAAAUGACUGCAUCAGUGCAAUGAAUGUUGAUGAAGUCAUAAGAGUUGGAGGAGCAGGCAACAAGGUUUUACAAAUUAUAGAAGGGAAGGCCUCAGCUUACAUAUUUGCAAGUCCAGGCUGUAAGAAAUGGGACACUUGUGCCCCUGAGGCUAUUCUUCAUGCUGUUUCAGGUAAAAUGACAGACAUUCAUGGGAACUCUUUCCAAUAUCAUAACGACGUACAGCAUGCAAAUACAGCUGGAGUCCUUGCAACAUUGAGGAAUUUUGACUAUUAUGCAAGCCGCGUUCCGGAUUCUGUUAAAAUGGCCCUAAUCCCAUAAUGUUUAAAAAGUGGAAUGUUCUCCACUUUGCACUUUUGCAAAUAUAAUUACUACUGUCUGGGAAUUAAUCUUUUCAUUUUGUAAGGUAACUGAUUUCAGUGUUGCUAUCUGACUGUUCUGUGGUGGGAUUGAGUUUUCAACAGUCAAUUGUUCUAACUCUGUACAAAGUCUUCUUCACCCUUUAACACCUACCUACUGCUCGUUACGAUGCUGGCCUUUCGGGCAACAAUGAAGGUCCUCCAUCUCUGGUGGUUUCAGGGCUACCUUCAUCAUGUCAAAGCUCGGUUUUCGCUACUGUCAGUCAUGCAAGUUCCGGCUGGAGAUUCAGGAAUGCUGUCACAUACAGAUGUAGAAGGAUUCUUCAUUGCUGUUUCCAUAACAGUUUUGUUUGACCAGUCAGGGUUGUUAGCGCUGAACUGAACCCCUGAGCCUGGAGGACCAGUGGACUACUCUUAGUCUGGCUUCUACCCUUUUACCUGUUUAGCAUGGGUGACCCUAUCAAGAGCCAAAGUAUAAAGUCCUGACUCCAGCCAGUAUAGCUCUCCAGGUCAUUCAGGUUGUGGUCACUCAAAGGAAAGGCUAGGUUCUAUCAACAAGCAGAAAUAGUGAACCAAUUUGCCUUCUGUACUGUUAAGUUUUGUAUGGUCCCAUAGUGGAAUAGUGGCUUCUUGUGUCUUAUCUAUCAAUUAAUUUCAUAUGUCUUGAACCAGACACUUGGAUGUACAUGUGCAGAAUAAUUUUAUGCAAUUUUGAAAAUUUAUAUAUCUUAUCUUUCUUUAGGUCUAAUAAAGAUCGCCUUACAAUAAAUUCUGGUUGGAUGUCAGCUGUUAUUUUAUGAGUUUGACUAACUUUGACAACUUCAGUUGAUGUGUGGUGUAGAGCACACUGGCUGGUUGCAUCACAGCCUGGUAUGGAAACUGAAUAGCCUACAAAAAGUUGUGGAUACAACCCAGUCCAUCGCA